CCAACUAAAUUAAUGGAUAUUUUUUUGACAAAACAUUAAUGAAAAGACAUUUUAAUUUGUUUUAAAAGUGAUUCGACCCUUUCGAACAACAUGGAUAUGUUCUUCAACGAUGAAAUGUACGUUCUUGGGAGACCUACUGAACCAUAUCGUAGCAAGGGAUCCUCUUCUUCAGAUGACGAUGUUAACGAAAAUUGCCAAAUAACAAUCGACAACUCAGUAAACAUACUGAAAACCCUCAGAAACCUCUGGCAGGAUCAAAAUAUGUGCGACAUAUACUUGAAAGUGGGAAACAGGGAAUUUGGUGCACAUAGAUUGAUUUUGUGUGCUUCCAGUGAUGUUUUUCAAGCAAUGCUUAGGAACUCUGCUUGGUCUGAAUGGACGGAAAGCCAUAUAGAGCUACAGGAAUUACCAAUUUGCGAGUCAGUUUUCUACACAUUCUUAGAGUAUUUUUACACGGGGAAAAUUCACAUUACUCACACAAAUGUCAUGCCCAUUCUAGCCCUGGCUGAUAAAUAUUUAGUUAAGAGUCUGAGUCGUAUUUGCAUACAUUAUAUGUGCCGCCAUGUACCUCAUGCCGCUUCCCAUAACCAGCUCUCUUCCUGGCUUCAAUACAGCAGUAUAUGUGACCACACCCUUAUUUUUGAAACAUGCCACAACUAUCUCAAAUGGAAUUUCGAAGCAGUUGCAAACACAUCAGAUUUCACGAACAUCGACUGUGAUACUUUUGUUAAAGUGUUACAACAGAGCGAUGUGGUUGUUCACAACGAGAUAAUGCUCUAUAAUUGUGUUGUUAGAUGGUUGGAUCUUCAGAAAAACAAGAUGCAUCUGAAUAGAACGUUUACACAAGAGUCUUUUAAGAGAUUGGUCGAGAAAGUUAUGGUAUAUAUUCGGUUUCCUAUGAUGACACCUAGAGAACUAGCCGAUUUGCUAAUGUCUCCUUUAAUUAAACAAAAUAAAGAGUUUUUUGUUGAUAGAAUGGCUAUAGGGAUGAAGUAUCACUCAGGUUAUGUUAAACAACUUGAAUCGUAUUUUGUAUCGGAACCAAACAUUUUCGCCGCAAGGCUUUAUACAUCAGAUAGUUGCUCCACAUCCCUGAAUAUAGAGAAUUUCUGGGGUUUACAGAGCUAUCACAUUAUAACGUUUCUUUUUUCUUCACAUUUGUCAGCCGCAGAACAUGAAUCGCAUGAAAUCAGCCAGUGGGAAGUGGGGUUAUAUCCCAAAGGUGUUCAUUUUAAAAAAUGUUACUUGAUACUCUCUCAAGGCACUCUAGAGGUCCCAGAAGAAAUCCUCAGAACGGUAAGGCUCUCUUUAACGUGUAGAGACUCUCCCACACCCAACAUGAGGGUAAAAGUCUCGGUUUUAAUCUAUGGCAUCCACGGAGGCGUAGAACACGUCAUGGAAGUGCGUGAAAAAAUUCACCACUUUACCUCUCAAGACAAGAGGCUCAAUAUCGAUGAUCUCAUACCUUUUGGGGCUCUCAAUACACCCGCCUCGAUGCAGAUGGCUCAUGAGACGCCGUAUCUCAUCGGGCCUGACAGAGAUCAACUCAAAUUGAACAUUGUAAUAGCUCCGAUUAAAUAACAUUAGGAGUUUUUUUUUUCUUUUGAUGUUUUUGAUUGGGGAAAAUUUUGAAUGACAAAGGCAUAUUGUAUAGAUGUAAAUAUACCGUGGAAUCGGGAAAAAAAACGGCGUCGGAGAUCGCUAUCAUUUCCAAGGCAACUUGACGCCGUUUUUUUUUCGAAUAUACGGUAUAAUCAUAUUUAAUGUUACCUAAAGUGUUUAUAGAUAUAUAUAACCAAUAAUUGUUUAAAACAACUAAAUAUAUAUGUAUAUAUGUAAUUUUUUCAAAAACAUUUUUUAAUUUCUUUUUUCAUUUUAAUAUACUUAUACUAGAGAUAUUUUUAUGAUUUGUUGAAUAUAAACACGCCAAAUGAUAUUUUGUUUUAAUAUACCGGGUUCGUCUCAAAAGUUGCUCAGCCCCUAUACCUUUUUUAUUUUUUUAGAAAAAAAUGCGAGAAGCGAGAAUGUCAAA